GGGGGGGCCGCGCAGCCAGCAGCCCGGCCGAGGCGGAGGGCCACCCUGCAACCCCGCUGCUCUACCCUCGCGGCCCCGUCAGGGUCAGGUUCACAAAAGCUGUAAGCAAGUUAUAAUCUAAGCAACAAGGCUCUCUGACGUGUUGACUGCCUAACUUAACCAUGAACAUGAAUCAAAAAUGUUAAUAUAUAAACUAAGACCAUGGGGAACUCAUAUGCAGGGCAACUGAAAUCGGCUCGAUUUGAGGAAGCCCUCCACAACUCCAUAGAAGCUUCCCUCAGAUGUAGUAGUGUGGUACCACGGCCCAUUUUUUCCCAGCUGUACUUGGACCCUGACCAGCACCCUUUCUCGUCCGCAGAUGUCAAACCCAAGGUGGAGGAUCUGGAUAAAGAUCUGGUUCACCGCUAUACCCAAAAUGGCAGUCUAGAUUUUUCUAACAAUCUAGCAGUUAAUGACAUGGAAGAUGACGAAGAUGAUGAAGAAAUGUCUGAUUCCAACAGCCCCCCAAUUCCCUAUUCACAAAAACCUGCCCCAGAAGGAUCUUGCACUACAGAUGGUUUUUGUCAAGCAGGAAAGGAUUUGCGCUUGGUAUCACUGUGUAUGGAACAGAUUGACAUCCCGGCAGGAUUCCUCCUGGUGGGGGCCAAGUCUCCCAAUCUUCCUGAACACAUCCUAGUUUGUGCUGUAGACAAGCGGUUUCUACCAGAUGAUCAUGGGAAAAAUGCACUUUUAGGGUUCUCUGGAAACUGUAUUGGCUGUGGAGAAAGAGGAUUUCGGUAUUUCACGGAGUUUUCUAACCACAUUAACUUGAAGCUCACCACCCAGCCAAAGAAGCAAAAACACUUGAAGUACUACCUAGUCAGGACCUCCCAAGGAGUCUUAUCCAAGGGGCCUCUGAUCUGCUGGAAAGAAUGUAGAAGCCGACAAUCGUCUACAACUUGCCACUCUGUCAAACCUAACUCCUCAGUGUCAUCCACGGUGGCUCCAGAAAACGGGACAACGAACGGAUACAAAACCGGCUUCACUCAGACAGAUUCGCCGGCUUUCAGUCCAGCUAACUCUGCAAUCAAUUUAAGUGGCGCUCAGGACCUGACCCGGAAUCAGAAUGUUGUGAAGCCACUGGCUUUGUCUUUGCAGGUUGUAGGGAAGACUGGUCCUGCAGACGCCUCGAACGGGACCAGCAGCCACGGAGGCAAGGGCAGUCCUUCCAGCUCGGCCGCCCCCCGCCCGGGGAGCUACUCCGUGUCACCGAGACCUAGCUAUCCAUCCACAGAGCAAGCUACCAUGUUCAGUUCUGGGCCACCCAAGAAACGACACCGGGGAUGGUAUCCUGGGUCCCCCAUCCCCCAACCUGGUUUAGUGGUUUCUGUUCCUACGAUUCGUCCUCUCUCAAGAACUGAACCCCUUUUAUCUGCCCCAGGUCCACAGACCCCACUAACUGGAAUUUUACAACCUCGGCCCAUUCCUGCAGGGGAAACUGUAAUUGUUCCUGAAAACCUGCUGAGUAACUCAGGAAUUAGACCAGUCAUUCUGAUAGGCUAUGGCACUUUACCUUAUUUCUAUGGAAAUGUUGGUGACAUUGUCGUGAGUCCUCUGCUGGUGAAUUGCUACAAGGUUCCACAGUUGGAAAACAAAGAUUUGGAACAACUAGGGUUGGGUAGCCCCCAGCUCCUGAGUGUGGAAAACAUGAUCCUUCUCACCAUACAGUAUCUCGUGCGGCUGGGUCCUGAUCAGAUACCUCUCAGGGAAGAAUUUGAGCAAAUUAUGCUCAAAGCUAUGCAGGAAUUUACUCUGAGAGAACGAACCUUGCCAAUGGGCACUUCGUGUACACCUGUGUCACCAGGACAGCUCCCCUGGCUUGCUCGAUUAAUCGCCAGCGUGUCUCAGGACUUGGUGCAUGUGAUUGUCACCCAGAACUCUUUGGCAGAGGGCAUUUCAGAGACACUGAGGAUUCUCAGCGAGAUGAAACACUACCAAAAGCUACCAGAUUAUGUCGUGGCGAUUUGUGCAUCGAAAAUCAGAGGAAAUGAAUUUUGUGUAGUGGUGUUAGGUCAGCACCAGUCCCGGGCUCUGGCAGAGAGCAUGCUCACCACAAGCGAGUUUUUGAAAGAAAUUAGUUAUGAGCUCAUCACAGGAAAGGUCAGUUUCCUGGCAUCGCAUUUCAAAACCACGUCGUUAGGUGAUGACCUGGACAAGCUGCUGGAAAAGAUGCGACAACGAAGAGGAGACAGUGUGGUCACCCCCUUUAACGGAGACCUUCAUGAGUGUGUGUCGCCCCAGGAGGCUGCCGCUAUGGUCCCCACACAAAACAUAGAUUUAGAUAAUGAAACCUUCCAAAUUUAUCAACCACAACUCACAGUUGCCAGGAAACUCUUGUCCCAAGUGUGUGCCAUCGCAGACAGUGGCAGCCAGAGCCUGGACCUCGGCCACUUUAGCAAAGUGGACUUCAUCAUCAUUGUCCCAAGAUCAGAGGUUCUAGUCCAGCAAACUCUUCAACGGAUCCGACAAUCAGGUGUCCUUGUAGACCUGGGUCUGGAGGAAAAUGGGACAGCUCACCAGAGAGCAGAGAAAUAUGUUGUUCGUCUGGACAGCGAAAUUCAAAGCAAGUUUGAAGUUUUUAUGAGGAGGGUGAAACAGAACCCAUGCACGCUGUUUGUGCUGGUUCAGGACAACUCUCAUGUGGAGCUAACCAGUGUCAUUUCGAGCUCCCUGUCACAUGGUGAACCCAGUCAUGGGUUGGCUGAUAGAGUCAUUAACUGCAGAGAAGUUCUGGAGGCUUUUAACCUCCUGGUGCUCCAAGUCAGCUCCUUCCCAUACACACUUCAGACUCAGCAGUCCCGGAUCAGCUCCAACAACGAGGUUCACUGGAUACAGCUGGAUACCGUGGAGGAUGUGGACUGCGAGAAGCUGUAUUUCGGCCUGAACGAGUACAGCAAGUCUCUGCAGUGGGGGAUCACCAGCCCGCUUCUGAGGUGUGACGAGACGUUCGAGAAGAUGGUGAACACACUCCUGGAAAGGUACCCCCGGCUGCACAGCAUGGUUAUCCGCUGCUACCUCCUCAUCCAGCAGUAUUCCGAGGCCCUGAUGGCUCUGGCCACCAUGGCGUCGCUCCGAGACCACAGCACGCCCGAGACGCUCAGCAUCAUGGAUGACCUCAUCAGCUCCCCGGGAAGAAGCGCGAGCGGGAGGGGACACAUGCUCAUCAUCCGCGUGCCCUCCGUGCAGCUGGCCAUGUUAGCCAAGGAGCGGCUGCAGGAGGUGCGGGACAAGCUGGGUCUGCAGUACCGCUUCGAGAUCAUCCUGGGGAACCCCGCCACCGAGCUCAACGUCGCAAGUCACUUUGUGGCGCGAUUAAAGACCUGGAGAGGAAAUGAGUCCGAAGAGUGGAUGCCACGGACAUACCAGGAUUUAGAAGGUCUGCCCUGUAUCGUGAUCUUAACCGGCAAAGACCCUCUUGGGGAAAGCUUUCCCAGGUCUCUGAAGUACUGUGACCUCCGGUUAAUCGACUCGAGCUAUUUAACUCGUACGGCUCUGGAGCAGGAGGUGGGCCUGGCAUGCUGCUAUGUCUCCAAAGAGGUCAUCCGGGGCCCCGCCGCCGCCCUGGACCUCAGUGGGAAGGAGCCUUCAAGGGCCCCCGCCAGCGAGAAUGACUCGGAGGAGCUGCUGGUCGACCUGGAGCGGCCACAGAGCAAUAGCAGCGCUGUCACGGGAACCUCAGGUUCCAUCAUGGAGAACGGAGUCAGCUCCUCCAGCACAGCCGACAAGUCCCAGAAGCAGCCCCUGACCCCCGGUUUCCAGAGCCGGGCCACCAGCGUGGGGCUGGACGAAGGGGUCUGUGCCAGCGCUGCCGGGUCAGGGGACACGCUGAGGCAGGAGUGUGACUCUUUGGGCCACCCCAUGGCCAGCAGCACCACCUCUAAGCCAUCUUCAUCGUCCUCGGGUGCCCGGAGCCUCACAUGGCCAGGACAGCCGCCCAGAGGCAGCCGGGGCCUGCCGGCCACCCUGCCUCCAGUGGUGAUCUUAUCCAAAGCCGCCUACAGCCUCCUGGGCUCCCAGAAGAGCAGCAAACUGCCCUCCUCCUCGUCCCUGCUGCCCCACGCCGACGUGGCCUGGGUGAGCCCUUUGCGACCCUGCCUGCACAGGGACAUGAGCAGCGAGGAGCAGUCCCUUUACUAUCGCCAGUGGACCUCGGCCCGUCAACACCACGCCGACUACAGCAACCAGCCAGACCCGGCCUCGGGCGCCCCAACCUUCCACCCCCGCCGGUUGCUGCUGACCGGGCCCCCCCAGGUGGGAAAGACUGGCUCCUAUUUACAGUUCCUUAGGAUCCUUUUCCGCAUGCUCAUCCGGCUCCUGGAGGUAGACGUUUAUGACGAGGAGGAGAUCAACACCGACCACAGUGAAAGCUGUGAAGUGAGCCAGUCAGAGGGAGACCCCUGGCCGGACAUCGAGAGCUUCAGCAAAAUGCCCUUUGACGUCAGCGUGCACGAUCCCAAGUACAGUCGGAUGAGCCUGGUUUAUACUGAGAAACUGGCCGGAGUCAAGCAAGAGGUAAUAAAGGAAUGCAAAGUUGAGGAGCCCCAGAAACGAGAAACUGUAUCCAUGAUGCUGACCAAAUAUGCGGCCUACAACACCUUCCACCAUUGCGAGCAAUGCCACCACUACAUGGACUUCGCCCCUGCCUCCCAGAUGUCUGACUCCACGCUUCAUGCUUUCACGUUUUCCUCCUCCAUGCUGGGAGAAGAGGUUCAGCUCUACUUCAUCAUUCCCAAGUCCAAAGAGAGUCAUUUUGUCUUCAGCAAGCAGGGCAAACAUCUGGAGAGCAUGCGGCUGCCCCUGGUUUCAGACAAGCAGAACGUGAAUGCGGUGAAGAGCCCUAUUUUCACCCCUUCCAGUGGUCGCCACGAGCACGGGCUCCUCAACCUCUUUCACGCCAUGGAAGGCGUCAGCCACCUCCACCUUUUGGUGGUGAAGGAGUACGAGAUGCCGCUGUACCGCAAGUACUGGCCCAACCACAUCAUGCUCGUGCUUCCUGGCAUGUUCAACAACGCGGGCGUGGGUGCCGCCAGGUUCCUCAUCAAGGAGCUGUCAUACCACAACCUGGAGCUGGAGAGGAACCGUCUGGAGGAGCUGGGAGUCAAACGCCAGUGUGUGUGGCCUUUCAUCGUCGUGAUGGACGACUCCUGUGUCCUGUGGAACAUCCACAGUGUUCAGGAGCAGACCAGCCAGCCCAUGGAAGCAAGAGUUUCCAGUAAGAACGUGUCCUUGAAGAGUGUCUUGCAGCAUAUGGAAGCCACGCCCAAAAUCCUCCACUACGCGAUCCUGGGCAUCCAGAAAUGGAGCAGCAGGCUGACGCCGCAGAGCCUGAAGGCUCCGUUCUCCAGGUGCCACGUGCACGAUUUCAUCCUCCUCAACAUAGACCUCACGCAGAACGUGCAGUAUGACUUCAACAGGUACUUCUGUGAGGACGUCGACUUUAACCUGAGGACCAACAGCAGCGGCCUCCUCAUCUGCCGCUUCAAUAACUUCAGCCUCAUGAAGAAACACGUCCAGGUUGGCGGGCAGCGUGACUUUAUCAUUAAACCAAAGGUCGUGGUGUCAGAAAGCUUGGCUCCCAUCUUGCCCCUUCAGUACGUCUGUGCCCCCGACAGUGAACACACGCUCCUGGCAGCCCCCGCGCAGUUCCUCCUGGAGAAGUUCCUUCAACACGCCGCAUAUAAGCUCUUCCCCAAAGCCAUCCAUAACUUCAAGAGUCCCGUGCUGGCCAUUGACUGCUAUCUGAACAUUGGACAGGAGGUGGCCGUCUGCUACGUCAGCUCCAGACCACACUCCAGCAAUGUCAGCUGCGAAGGGGCGCUCUUCAGUGGCCUCCUCCUGUACCUCUGUGACUCUUUCGUAGGUGCUGAUCUUCUCAAGAAAUUCAAGUUUCUAAAAGGUGCUACCCUGUGCGUCAUCUGCCAAGACCGGAGCUCCUUACGCCAAACCAUCGUCCGCUUGGAGCUCGAGGACGAGUGGCAGUUCCGCCUCCGAGACGAGUUCCAGACGGCGAACAGCAGCGAGGACAAGCCGCUCUACUUCCUUACCGGACGCCACGUCUGAGCGAGCUUUGCAAGAGACCAGAAAUAAGCAGCAGCCGACGCCCCUAGGUGGGGUGGGACAA